AGUGAUAAAACUUAUAAUGAAAGAUCAAAUAAGCUUAUCAACAUGAAUAGAGUGUCUUAAAGGUCCGCCAAGGUUUGUUGCAUCAGUGCUCUGUUAACCUUUAAGUUCAGUGGUUGUACUCAUGGCAAAGUGGACGACGUUUUUACUGCUCGCAUUUAUUGCGUUGGAUAAUUGUGGAUGCCUGACAGGAGGCCAGGAUGCGAGGCGCUUCGUCUGUCUCCUAUCAAACCCUGCGAAUCAAUGCAGUGCGUACUGUGUUUCAGCACUGCAGCCAGUGAUUGAUCACAUCAGAAGGGAGCAGCAGGACCUAAAUACCUGCGAAUUAAAAUUAAACAAAACGCAGGCGACACUAGAUCGAGUAGAAAACCAGUUGACGGCGGCGCAGAUUAAAAUGGAAAGCAAAUGGACCAAUUUGACCCAGGCUAUUCCCCAGGACCUCGGGGAGAGGCUGCUUAGAAUAGAAGGCAACCAGACAGCUCUAGCAGGCGAACUCCAAGCGAUGAAAAACAGUACGGAGAGUCAACUGACCGCCAUGCAGGAUACACUAUCCAACGUUGACCGCAGAACCUUGCUGCAAAACUAUCAACGGAUAGGAACUAGAUUAUUUUACAUAGAACAUAACUUAUAUGUUAAUUGGUUCACAGCAAAUGAGAUCUGUGCUGAGAUCGGUGGCCACUUGGCGGCAUUCAAAAACGAUCAAGAGUUCAACGGCAUUGCCCAGCAACUCAAGCGAGAUAACUACUGGCUGGGCAUAUCGGACCCCCAACAAAAGGGCGAAUUCACAACUGUGGCCACCGGCAAGCGACCUCCCUUCUUUAGUUGGCGCUCUGAUGAACCAAAUUAUCGCAAGUUCGGUCGCAGCGACGAGCACUGUGUUUACGUGCACGGGGUGAUGAACUAUAUGGUAGUUUUAUCCUGUUUCACAGAUCUUUUUCAUUUCAUUUGCCAAGCAGACAAUGAUGUAUAGUGUAUCAAAAUGGAAAAACGUCAACAAUUGGCAUAUGAAGUAGUACCAGUUUUGUAGUGUAUAAUUUGGCGGCGUCCAAAAAUUGCUUUCACAAAAAAAUUACAAAAAACUUUGUUAAAAGAAAUAAAUACAUUUUGUUCUCGUGUCAUAUUUUUUAUGUUUAAAAAAAUACACACAUUUUUAUUCAUACAUAAAGGUAUUCUAAAAAUGUUUCUUACCCUUAA